AUGAGAAAGUACUACGUUGCUCUUUUAUUCGAACUGGUAACCGUCAGUUUCGAAUGUGUUUGGCCGGAAGUUGAUGCGCUGUUCAUAGUGGAUUCCACGCCACAAGUCACUUCUUUCCAGCAUCGAGCCGAAAUUGACUUUUUGAGACAGGUCAGUUCAUAAAGAUGUUUUGAAAUGCCUUUUAAAAUUCUAGGUAAUGUCGACCAUGACGAUGAGUUCUUCCAAAGUGUCAAUGGCCCAGUUCACUCCGUGGUCCCGAGUGGAAUGGAGUCUCGCCAACGCGUCCUACCCCGAAUCUCGUGUCCAGGAGAUGCCGUACUGUCCGUGUGAAGCGAAUACAUGCCCGACUACGAGUAUCAACGCGCUAGCAAGAUCUGCAAUGACCCCGGCGAACCGGAAGUCAGUCCCAGAUGUUAUUCUAGUGAUAUCCAAUAGUUAUCAGCCGCUUUUGGAAGUCGUAAGUGACAUACGAGACUACAGUAACCUACCGAGCACUUGCAGCUCCCCAACGAGCCGCUGAUCUCUCCAACUUCUCCACUCCACGUCUUCUACGUGGUCAUCGGCUCGAACAUGCACAUCACCCGAUUCGAGCCGUCCGCCCACACAGUCGGCAUAAAAGUCACCGACUUUGAGUACCUUCCCCAUCUGGUCAACCCACUCUGUCAAAGUGUAAAUGGAUAUAUCAGAGGUCAGUUGUGUUCUUUGUUGAUGUGAUGAUGCUCAAAGUGCUCGCCGUGCUCACCGACCUCCUUCUCUUUCUUUCGGCUCCCCCCGUUGUCAUGGGUGUCGACGAGCGCGCGGGACGAAAGAAAGAGGGAAGCGCAUUCCUUUUUGACCACCAGCACCACCAUCUAUACGAUUUCGUGUAUGGAUGAGUAAGAUAAUUGCUGAUGUUUCGUGGUGGAACUUUUUGAAUUGGAACUCGACGAGUUGCCAUCGGCAAAACGCCGAACAGACCGUUUUCUGGACGGUUCCAUGUGAGUUCCUAGCAAUGCUUUUUCGACGAAGACUUCAAAAACUCUCACUCCCCUUCUGCAGGCACCUCAACCACCCGAUUCGGUCCUCUUUGCUGGAUCAUCAUUGCCGCUAUCCUGCUCUUUUCCAUCGUUCUAGCUUCGCUCCUAGCAUACGCCAUUUACAAUUAUCACGAAGAAAGUAAGUUCUCUCCUUGUUUCCGUCACUCUUUUGCUGACGAAUCUCCUCAUUCAGAUCGUCGCCUGAAACACCGGCUGUCCGAAUCGGAAAAGAGUCUGCGGAAGCAGAACGAGUACUUCACUUCGCAGUUGCAUUCGGAAAUGCAAAAGCAGAUAAUGAACGGCGAGAAGCAUGCGGAGGAGAUCAAGAAGCAGCAGGACGUGAUGCAGGCGCAGUUCGAUCGGCAAUUGGACAUGGCUUAUCAACAGGGCGCCAAGAUUCAGAUCCUUCCCGUUCAACAGAACCAUCAGAUGGAGCCAAUAGGAAAGGUGCCGUCCACUUCACAGACUCACGAUUUACUUUUUCCAGGGGGAGGAAGACGAGACUCCGGUAUUGCGUCACCACCCAGAAGCCCGAAGAAUGUAGAGGUUCAAGUGACUCCCAUUCCGACGCCACGUGCAAAUAAGAACGAGGAGAAGGAAAAGGAGAAAGAGGAAGAAGAACGGACAGAAACAAGUUCUGGAAGCGAGCUAACUGAAAGUAGCAUAGAGGAUUUGGAAGAGCUGAACAGAAGAACCCAUCUGCCGAGGGACCAUCCAGCAAGGAAGCUACCGCCAAUCGACCUGAUGUUCCUGGUCGACACGUCUAGCAGCAUCGGAAUCAACAACUUUGAUAUUGUGAGUUUGAAAAAGAGUCAUGAUCAUACAUAUACCUCCUUUCAGCAAAAGAACUUCAUCUGCGAGAUCCUCAAAGACGUCGACAUUUCGCCCGGACGGUCCCGAGUGGCAAUGGUCCAGUACGCUCAAGAUCCGACCGUCGUCUUUGGUUUCGAUCAGUUCUACUCGUUUGAAAGUGUCCGAAAAGGAGUAAUGCGUCUCUCGUACACCGGCGGAGCCACAAUGCUCUCUAAAGCACUGGCAUUCGCUGGAGGAAUCAUGUAUCAUGAGCAGAAUUUGAAGAAACCGCACAAGAAGCAUCAGUAUCUACCUACACCGAAACAUGACAGACUUCAGGUACUAUUUCCCGGUUAGUUUUCCUUCAACUAAAGUUCUGUGUUCAGAUCCUGUGCCUAGUCUCCGAUGGCUAUUCAGAUGACAAUGCGGACAAGGAAAGUGUGCAUCUUCACGAUCGACUCCACGUGAAAAUCUUCGCCGUGGUCACCAGAUCGUUCAACAAGGACAAACUGGUCCCGAUCACCCGGUUCGACGGCUCCGUGUUCACAGUUCAUCAGCGGGAGAGCAUUGCGAUUUGGUUGUGGCGGCAGCAGAGGAUAUGGGCGGAAAACUACAGUGCUUUCAUUGAGAAGGAGAAGAAAAGAAGUGCCCGAAAAUGA